UGAAUAAUUGCGUUGAAAGCGGCAUAGUAUUGGGAAGCAAUGAAAGUCGUGUCAACGUGACAAUCAUCCUCAUCAUCUUACACUCGUACCUGUCUUCCUCUUCUUCUUUCCCUUCUCUCUUUAGUUUCCAUUUCUCUUCUUUUUUAAGCCUCUCCACCUCUUCUCUCCGUGUCUUCUUCUCAGCCUCGUUCACUAUUUGCAUAAAAUAUAUUAAAAAAUAAAACUCUACGUGGCUAUACUCACUUACCCUCUUAAAUCUAUAUAAAUCCUUCAGAGACUCAGCUAUGACUGGCAAAGAAAUCUUCUAUAAGAUGAAGGAAAAGGUUUUGGGCUCAUCUGAUCCUGAUUCAGGGAAAGGAAAGAGCAAGAUGUCGAAGCAUAUUACUCAUGGCUUUCACUUGGUGAAGGGAAGAUCAGAUCAUGCCAUGGAAGACUAUGUUGUUGCUCAAUUUAAGCAAGUUGAAAACAAUGAGUUGGGUUUAUUUGCAAUAUUUGAUGGCCACUCGGGUCACAGUGUACCUGAUUACUUGCGGUCUCAUUUGUUUGAUAAUAUCUUAAAAGAGCCUGAUUUCUGGACAGAACCAGAUAAUGCUGUCAAGAGAGCAUAUAUUAUAACCGAUUCUACUAUUUUAGAGAAAUCAGGUGAAUUGGGUAGAGGGGGUUCAACAGCUGUUACAGCAAUAUUGAUCAAUUGUCAGACACUAGUAGUGGCCAAUAUUGGGGAUUCUAGGGCUGUCUUAUGCAAGAAUGGCGUGGCCAAACAACUGUCAGUGGAUCAUGAACCAACCACAGAAAGUGAGGAUAUAAAAAACAGAGGUGGUUUUGUAUCAAACUUCCCAGGGGAUGUUCCUCGGGUUGAUGGGCAGUUAGCAGUGUCAAGGGCAUUUGGUGACAAAAGCCUGAAGAAACACUUAAGCUCUGAACCGUAUGUGACAGUGGAGACGAUAGAUGAUGAGGCAGAGUUUGUCAUAUUAGCCAGUGAUGGGUUAUGGAAGGUAAUGUCAAAUCAAGAAGCCGUUGAUGCUGUCAGAGAUGUAAAGGAUGCUCGGUCAGCAGCAAAGAACCUUACUGAAGAAGCACGUAACAGGAAAAGCUCAGAUGAUAUCUCGUGCGUUGUUGUGAGAUUUCAUUGAUCAAAGAACUCCCAUCGUAGUUUCUGAUUUACAAGCUUGGAAGUGUAACAUAUACUUUAGUAUCUGUAUAAGGAUAUAAGGUGGAUAUCCCUUUGGCGUUAUUAUGCCGAGGCAUUCAGAGUGUGAUCUCUUACCUGCUUUCAUCCAAACCAACUGGCAUAACGUGUUGUUUGAUGUAAAAAUGUAAAAAAAGAUUUAGUUAUGGAUUGUGUAGACCAAAUUAAUUCGUAUGAAUGCA